AUGAACGGAACCACGCCAGGAACUCAUUUAGGAAACACGCCUUUGAAUUUAGCAAAAUUAAGAGAACUAUCGCGUAAAGAGCUACCUGAGAUAUUGGAUAAGGUACGAGGGAAGAAAGGACUUGUGCUUGAUCCCACCUUGACUGGACCACUUAGUCUAAUAGCAGAAUUUAACCUACUUAAAAAUCAUGGGGUCGAAAAGAUUUAUCAUCUCGAAUCAGACACACUCGAAACAGACUGUCCUGGCCUGAUUUACAUUUGUAGACCAAAACUAAAAUAUAUGAGAUAUAUUGCCAGUCAUAUAAAGCAUUUUUCCAAAUCAAGCAAAAUUGACUGUUGGUUAUUUUUUGUGCCUGAACGUACAAUGAUAUGUGAACGUGUGUUGGAAGAAGAAGGCGUGAAGGGUGAUAUUACUAUUGGUAGUUAUGCUAUGGAUUGGAUACCUUAUGAAGAUGAUUUGAUCUCUAUGGAGUUAGAUCCAUCUACAUGGAAAGAGAUUUAUUUGGACGGAGAUCAAACUGCUAUUUAUUAUGCAGCAAGAUCAAUUAUGCGACUUCAGUCUAUCUACGGUCUAUUUCCCCGUAUCAUGGGCAAAGGUGACGCAGCCAGACAACUAGCAGAUAUGCUUUUACGUAUGAGAAAAGAACAUGCAGUGACAGAUCAAGUAUCCACAAAAGCGCCUUCACUAUUAAACACCGUUUCAAAUCAUAUUGACCAAUUCAUCAUUAUCGAUCGUAAUGUAGACCUGGUGACACCCUUAUGCACUCAGUUGACCUAUGAGGGCUUGAUUGACGAGACAAUGGGGAUCAAACACUGUGUUGUAGAAUUAGACCCUAGCUUAAUCACACUUGCAGCUUCAAAGGGGCCUUCAACGCCAACGACUUCAGCAACGCCGAUGAAAAAGAAAAAAUACGUCUUGAAUUCAUCAGAUAAAUUAUUUGGGCAAUUACGAGAUCAAAACUUUGCAGUCGUAGGCGGUAUUCUCAACAAAGUAGCUAAAAGAAUCAAUGAAAAUUAUGAAGAAAGGCAUAAUGCAAAGACAAUGGCGCAGAUACGUGAUUUUGUAGGCAGAUUAGGUGAACUACAGCAAGAACAUCAGUCUUUGCGAGUUCAUACUGGAAUCGCAGAGGAAAUUAUUGCAAAUACAGUAACAGAUGAUUUUAAUAAAGUGCUAGAAGUUCAGCAAAAUGUCGUAGCUGGUGUUGAUGGCAGUAGGGAACCUGAAUAUAUCGAAGAGAUGAUUAAUAGACAGAAGCCGCUCGUCCAAGUCCUUCGUUUACUCUGUCUCAUGUCGCUGGCUCAGGGAGGAUUAAAGCAAAAACUAUUUGAUCAUUUCGAAAAAGAGAUUGUGCAGACAUAUGGCUAUGAGCAUAUAGAGACACUGCAUAGAUUAGAAAAGUUGGGGCUUUGGAUGAAACGCACAAACAACAAAAGCACAUUUGGACAGUGUCGACGUCUUUUAAAGUUGAUUGUAGACGAUGUAGACGAAUUUCAUCCAAAUGAUAUCUCAUAUGUGUAUUCAGGAUAUGCACCUUUGAGCAUACGAUUAGUACAGAGUGCGAUGCAAAAGUCACCCAACUUUACUACGGGCACGAGCACAACCAGUCUGUUUUCCUACAUGGGAACAAGCACAGCAAAUUUUGUAAAGGAGACAACAUCUGGGUGGCGUGGCGCUGAGGAUAUCCUCAGGUUAUUACCCGGACAGUCAUUCGAUUUAAAGCAGACGGUAGAAUACGGACCGGAAACAAAUGCAGCCAUGGCCAGAGCCAAGAGACAUGGAUUACAACAUGGUAAGACAACAAUUAUCUUCUUCUUGGGUGGAUGUACACAUACAGAGGUCUCUGCCAUUCGUUUCCUAGCACAGCAUGAUGAAGGACGGGACUAUUUGGUUGCCACAACACAAAUGAUAAAUGGCAGCACGUUCUUGACACCCAUCAUCCAACAUAGAAACGAAUAA